UGAGCAAUACCAGCUUUGGACAGACAGGGGGCGCUGCGGCUGCACCCAAAGACAGCUUCACUAACGCUCUGACCAAGAACUCAGUGGCCAUGCUGGUGUGGCUGGCCCUCAGUGUCAUCAACAGCAGCAUGGUGCACACCUUCCUGCGACACAGCAUCUUCUUUGAGAACCCGCGCUACAUCAUGUUCAUCUGCAUGGUGAUGAACGACGCCCUGCAGCUGACCCUGGUGACGGCCCUGUACGUGGCCAGCUACAUCUUCAGGAAGAUCCACGCCUCCGUCUGCUGCCUUCUGAUCAUGACAGCGGUCCUCACCACCCGCUCCACGCCGCUCAUCCUGGCCGGCAUGGCCGUGGAGCGCUACAUCGCCAUCUGCUUCCCACUGCACUACAUCCAGAUGUGCACGGUCCCUCGCACGCGCCUCCUCAUCUGCGUCAUCUUCCUGCUCGCCGCCACGCCGCCCAUCACCGACCUCCUGGUCAUCCUGGUCACGGAGCCCCCGAGCUUCCUCCGCACCACCAUCUUCUGCGACCACUCGCUGCUCUUCCCCGACCGGGCCAACUACUACAAGAACUGCAUUUUCGACGGCACGUACCUGUCCGGCGUGGCUCUGACGCUGCUCUACACCUACUGCAGGAUCAUGCUGACGGCGCGGGCGGCCUCCGCGGGCCUGGCCUUGGUGAAGAGAGCCAGAAACACCGUGCUGCUGCACGGGGUGCAGGUGGGUGUCACAGCCGGGCAACCGCCCCUGAGUGUGCAGCGUGAGCUGAGCAGUGAUGACACUCAACCAGCAUCUCUGCAGCUGUGCAUGCUCGCCUUCGUGGUUCCCUCCCUGCAGGCCGCCCUCAUCUCCAUCUUCCCUCGCCUGAGCCUGGAGAUCCGCUACGUCUUCUUCCUGCUCGUCUACAUCAUCCCCCGCUUCCUCAGCCCCAUCAUCUACGGCUUCCGGGACGAGCUGUUCAGGAAGUACUGGUUGCGGCACCUGGCGUUUCGGAGCCACACCGUCGCCAGGGUCCGGCCCUCGUUACAGAGAGGGAACGUUCGGAUGAACCCGAAGACGAGCGCCACUGACUGUCCGUCCACUGCUCCGUCCGCCUGAGCUCUGCUGCAUUCGCGUGGUUUGAAUUUCACGGCCUUCUGUACAGUCGGCGUGCGGCCGAUGGAUUCAUGGUGACUGUUGGAAAAGUUGUUGUUGUGUGCUGAUAUUCAUAUAUAUCUCAGUAAUGUCCAGAGACACUGGGGUCCCGAGUUGGUGGACGACAGAUCAUGGUGAAAAUAUCAAUUUGUGACUCGGAUAUGACGACAUGCGACUUCAGAAAGUGUGGAAAAUACUGUGAGAUUAAUUUGUAAAGACUCUUAAACAAAGCAUCAUGGGAACUGGGAUGUUUUGAUGUUUAGUGCAUUUGUCAUUAAAGGGCCUUCACAUACCCAGUGACAGUAGGAAAAGAGAUAGGUCCAUUUGAGACGAUGUACCCACCUGCUUCUAUAUUACGGGUCGACCGAUUAUUAUUAUUUCAUUAUAAAAUGCACUUCUUUGGCUCUGAUGAAGUCGCUGUAACGACUCUCUGGACUUUAUCAAUGUCCCGUCCAUGUUUGUUCGACUUCAUAAUAAUGCUGCCUGCACUCUGUGUGUGAAGGUCAUGUGGAAAGGUUCUGUGAAAUGCUUUCAACAAAGUUUUAUGACAAUAGUA